CUUCUGUUUUCAUUCAUUCUCCGUAUUUUAUCCGGCUUUUUAUUUUUUCGUGCUCUCACUGCUUUAAUCGGCUCGGCUCGAGCGCCAACGUUCCUGGUGAUGAAUUUGUCGUGACAUUAAACCGGAGAUUGAUGACGGUGAUGAGUUGAGAGGCUUCAGCUGGAAGUCGGGGAGAUGAUGGAGGAAGACAGCCGACCUCUGCUGAGCUCAGGCUACACCGGAGAGAGUUACUCACACAGAGGCUCCACAGACUCUCUGGACUUCAAGCCUAAAAGGCCUUUCCACGUGGAGCCCAGGAACAUUGUGGACGAUGACCCACAGGAGAGAGUCUCGGCUGAAGCUGCCAUCCUCAACAGCAGACUCCAUUACUACAGCAGACUGACAGGCUCCUCUGACCGGGUCUUGAGUCCCCCAAACCAUGUGAUACCACAGCCAGAGGAGAUCUACAUCUACAGUCCACUCGGUACUGCGUUCAAGAUUGCAGACAGUGAGCAUGCCAGUAAAAACCCCAGCAUCAUCACCAUCUUCGCCAUCUGGAACACAAUGAUGGGUACAUCCAUCCUCAGCAUACCGUGGGGUAUCAAACAGGCAGGUUUUACUCUGGGGAUCAUCAUCCUCGUCUUCACAGGCCUGCUCAUGCUGUACUGCUGUUACAUUGUCCUCAAAUCACCCAAACAAAUAACCUGUAAGAACACAUCCGACUGGGAAUUCCCUGAUGUUUGUAGGCACUACUUUGGAAAGUUUGGUCAGUGGUCCAGCUUGGUCUUCUCCAUGGUGUCACUUAUUGGAGCCAUGGUCGUCUACUGGGUCCUCAUGUCCAACUUCCUCUACAACACUGGACAGUUUAUCUACAACUACGCUCAUAAUGUCAACAUGUCAGACUCAGAGUUUGGGACCAACGGCUCAGAUAGAGUUAUCUGUCCGUACCCGGACACGAAGCCUGGAGGGAACGACUCCACCAUCACGUUGUGCCUCAGCAGCGGUGGAGGUAAUUCCUCUGACUCCAGCUCCUUUGAGCACUACUGGAGUAAAAGCAACACCAUCCCCCUGUACCUCAUCAUCCUGCUGCUGCCGCUGCUCUGCUUCCGAUCAGCAUCCUUCUUUGCAAGGUUCACUUUCCUGGGCACCAUAUCUGUUGUCUACCUGAUUGUUCUGGUCACCAUCAAAGCUGUUCGGCUCGGCUUCCACCUGGAGUUUCACUGGUUUGAUGCUGCGCAGUUCUACGUUCCAGAAUUCAGACUGCUGUUUCCUCAGCUGACUGGUGUCCUCACGUUGGCCUUCUUCAUCCACAACUGCAUCAUCACGUUAAUGAAGAGCAACAAAAAUCAAGAGAAAAAUGUACGGGACCUGUCGGUGGCAUAUCUUCUGGUUGGGCUGACGUAUCUGUAUGUGGGGGUUUUGAUCUUUGCUGCCUUUCCCUCACCUCCUCUCUUCAAAGACUGCAUUGAACCAAACUUCUUGGACAACUUCCCGAGCAGUGACGUGAUGGUGUUUGUGGCUCGGACCUUCUUGCUGUUCCAGAUGAUCACCGUCUACCCCCUGCUGGGAUACUUGGUACGGGUCCAGAUUAUGGGACAGAUCUUUGGAAAUCAUUACCCCAGUUUCUUUCACAUUUUUGCUCUGAACAUCGUAAUUGUUGCAAGCGGUGUUCUCAUGGCCAAGUUUUAUCCCAACAUUGGAUCCAUUAUACGAUUUUCCGGAGCUACGUGUGGACUGGCUCUAGUGUUUGUAUUUCCUGCUUUAGUCCACAUGAUCUCUCUGAAACAGCACGGGAAGCUGAGCUGGCUGUCGGCUUGCUUCCACAGCUUCCUCAUCCUACUGGGCAUCGCCAACCUUGUCGCUCAGUUCUUCAUGUAAGCAGGGGUCAGUUACCAAAGAUGGAGACAUGAAGAUGAAGAUGAAGACUCCAUCCAGCCAGAUCAAUGUCUGCUAUUAUUAGAUCAGAUAUGGCUUUUCUACAUUAGGACAAGUGAUUGUGUUAUAGGAUAAAAACAGCAAUCUUUUUUUUCUCUUUUAUUAAUUUCAUACAAAUCAACCUUUUUUUCUUCAUUUCUGAUUAAAUCUUGGAGAUGGUUUCCCAUGAUGCUGCUAAUCACCUAUAUACAACCGGUUUAGUCAUGUCUACUCCUAACACCUUCAGAUCAAUAAAAGCCAGUGUUAUAAGGACACCUGA